UGGCUACAGAAGAGAAGUGGAACAGUCGGGCUUGGAAACAGCGUAGCGCAGCCGACCAGGCAGGCAGCGAAGACUCGGGCAUGCCUCUGGGCCGGCAGCUGGGGGAACCGGGAAGAUUUGCUUAUGCAGCGCUCUGUGGCACAUCCCUAGCAUGGCUGUUUCCUGAAAAAGAGCAAAGCUCCUUCAGGAUGGAAUUCAUUGAGGGCUUGGUGCAAUGGCUGGACCUGCCUGAUGCUGUCUUGCCUGCCAUGACAGCGUUUGCCAGUGGCUUAGGAGGUGAGGGCACAGAAACUUUUGCCCAGAUUUUGCUGAAGGACCCCAUACUGAAAGAUCCCGUUGUCAUUACCCAAGAUCUUGUGUCCUUCUGUCUGAAAGACGGAUACUACGAUGCUCGAGCAAGGGUGUUGAUCUGCCAUAUCACCUGGUUGCUGAGAAUCCCCUUGGAGGAGCUGGAAGCCCUGGAGGAAUCUUUACUUGAGAGCCUGAAGGAACAAAAAGAGGAAGAGUCAGAAACUGCAGAAGCAUCACGAAAAAAGAAGGAAAGAGGAAAGAAACUGAAGAGAUACCUGCUGAUCGGCUUGGCAACCGUCGGGGGUGGAACGGUGAUCGGCUUGACAGGGGGUCUUGCUGCCCCUCUGGUUGCUGCUGGAGCUGCUACUAUCAUUGGAAGUGCUGGGGCAGCUGCUUUAGGUUCGACUGCUGGAAUUGCUGUCAUGGCAUCCCUUUUUGGAGCGGCUGGAGCUGGUCUAACUGGAUACAAGAUGAAGAAACGUGUGGGAGCCAUAGAGGAGUUUGAAUUUCUCCCACUUACUGAAGGAAAGCAGCUUCAUAUCACCAUAGCAAUCACUGGAUGGCUCUGCACUGGCAGAUACGGGAGCUUCACAGCACCAUGGAGCAGCCUGUUGCAGUCAAGUGAGCAGUAUUGUCUGGCCUGGGAGUCCAAGUACUUGAUGGAGCUUGGCAACGCCUUAGAUUCCCUGCUGAAUGGUUUUGUUAACAUGAUGGCUCAAGAAGCCCUGAAAUUCACUGUCUUGUCAGGUAUUGUGACAGCCUUGACUUGGCCAGCUUCACUCCUGACUGUUGCCAGUGUCAUUGACAACCCCUGGGGAGUGUGUCUCCAUCGGUCAGCUGAAGUAGGCAAACAUCUGGCACAUAUACUGCUCAGCCGACAGCAGGGCAAGCGACCCGUCACGCUGAUUGGCUUCAGUCUGGGUGCGAGAGUCAUUUACUUCUGCCUGCAGGAGAUGGCUCAAGAAAAAGACUCUCAGGGGAUCAUUGAAGAUGCAGUCUUACUGGGAGCUCCAGUGGAAGGAGAAGCCAAGUAUUGGAAAGCUAUCACAAAAGUGGUGUCGGGCAGGAUCAUAAACGGUUAUUGCAGGGGGGACUGGCUGCUGGGGUUUGUGUACAGAACCUCUUCUGUCCAGCUCAACGUUGCAGGCCUCCAGCCGGUCGACUUGGAUGACAGGAGGAUGGUAAAUGUGGACCUCUCAUCUGUAAAGUCAGCACUGUUCUGCUGUUGAGAAGAGGGAAAGGGCUCUGCAUACGGUGUCUUAUGCACCAACCCAGUGACGGGCUGGCAGAAUAUCCAGGGCAACUGAGUCUGUCUUCUGUUUCAGGUACAUAUGCAAAUAAUCCUUAAUUGCUAGUUUGCAAUUAGUCCAAUGCGAAAUUGUCUCCAGGCUGCGAUUAAGUUUUGUGCUGACUUUAAAAAGUCCCUCCUUUCCCGUGCUUGCAGCGGCUGGAUUCUCCUUGUCUUAUUCCUCAUUGCAUACUGUCAGGAUGGCACCUGCCUACCUGAUGCUGGUGCUCAAAAAUUCCUGUUGAGGCAACCGACAGAAACCCCAGCUGAGAGUAAAACCUUCCCUAUGCAAACACAUAGAAAGCCAGAGCCCUGUUCUGUACCGCUCACGGACUAAAGAUACGAGAUACUCUUUUAUCUCUAGAGCGGUCGUUGCAAGGAUAUGUAGUGAUGAAAUACGCCGCUGAUGUUUUUCACAGCCAAGUUCUCCCGCGACGUCUUUGCACAAUGGAAGGCAAAACAGAAGAGCUCGUUUUUGGAAUAAGCUGUGUCACACGUCGGCACAGUUUUGCUUUUUUCCCUGUGAGCUGCCUCGAAAGCUUUUUACCUGUCCUUUUCUUUGCUGCUGUAUAACUAAGCAGUGGGAAAGCUCUCUUUAUGGCCGUGAUUGAAAAACAAGACUUACUGAUCUCUCUUUUCAAACGGCCCCUAAACAAAAAGGGUCCGGUACUCCCAUUAGGAGGGAAUGCAAACAGAUUCAAAGGCAGUCUGGCCAUCAGCCAGGCAGGUACACAGCAUACAUAAAUGCCAUAAGCAAAGUCUUAGUUUUGGGAAAUCCAACUGAUUUGGCACUUCUGUGAUUCACGCUUUUUCUCUAAAAUGCAUUAAACUUUUUUUUGUCCUGUAUUCCCAAGACUUGCAGCAAAGAAUUAAUUCUGGUUGUGAAAUGUGGCUUAAUUAAGAACCCUGGGGAGUUCAUAAGGCAAAGGGUUGUGUAGGUCUUGUUAUACCCAGAUGUAAACACUUGUUUCAAAUGAGCAAUGCCACCUCCCAUGGUGGCAGGAAUUAACAGGAUCAGAAGAGCAACAGCUAGGAGCAGAACUCAGCUUCAGGUAGGGGCCAGCAGGAGCCUAAGAGCUUCAUCUCACAUCUGCACACAGAAAAGCAGACCAACUCCAUCCCUUUCGGUGACGUUGUGGGGAAUUGAGCUCUCCUGAAAAAGUUACUAAGAAAUUUUAAUGUCCAGCUAAUCUCAUUGCUGCCCCAGGGGCGUUGUGAUGGGCUCUGAGAAGAGAAGGGAGAAUGUGAGCAUGUGCUGCAAGGACUUGCCUAAAGGAAAGCCAUUUCGUGUACGAAGCACCUCUGGUAUGCCCGGCUCAUCCUAUUUUGUGCAGAAAAGUUCUCUUCUGGUCUGCCUAUUCCCUUUUCUUGGAAGCUUCCUCCAAGCCUCGGACAAAAGGUAAAUACUUGAGUAAUGAGAUGGCAGGAGGAAAGGAGCACACUAGAAAUGAGUACGUGAAAGGAGGCCUUUGCAUCUCCUGUUUAAUCUCGCAAGGAACUGGCCCUGUUUCCUUUUCUACCUGUUCAGUGUCUCGAAGAUGCAAGUGCUUCUUUUCCUCUCAUCCCUCUGCCAGCUGGCAAAAGGGGAAGUGCUGCAGGCAUUCAUUGCUGGAGCAAUUCCUUGGUGGCCACCAAGGAACUGCCAGCAAAAGCAGUGGGAGGUUUCCCUAAGUAGUAUUAAUAACGUUUGAUGCUGUAAGAGUGGCUACACAGAGCACAGUCAGGUGCCUGGUGGAAAGUCCUCUUGCGAGUUCAGCAACGUGUCGGUGGCCUUCCUGGUUUCCCACAUGUGCCGUAGUGAUGCUGCCAGUUGCCAUUUUACUAUGAUAGGCCUCUAAGGAGUACAAGAGAUUGGGGUCUUUUGCAAGGCGUUGUACGAAAAUGUUACAUGCUGUAGUCCUGACCCAGAGAUUUUACUGCUUGAAAAGCAAGAAAUAUGAAGGGAAUGAAAUAGUGGAGUAGGAAGACUGGUAAGCAAAAUAGGAGGCUGUUUCAGCAAUAGCUUAGGUGUCUGUUUUCAUUCAGGGUCUCCGGUGUAAGUGAUACAAACUGCUGCAUGUCAUCUCGUGAGCAGGAAUUUCACCAGCAACGUUAAGAUCUUAAACUUGCUGUAAAUCAAGGUGCCAUGUGCUUGUAGGAGAUGUUAUUGCUAAGGAAAGCCGUUGUGCUAUUCCAUAGCUGCUGAAAUCUCAUCUAUGCCUGAAACUUUUUACCUAGAUAUAUUAUGGUAUAUUAUAACAUAUAAAAUAUGUUAUAUUUUCCCCGUCAACCCAUAAAGGAGGCCAAGGUAUGAGGCCAAGGUAUGAAUAAAUUGAGAGCUGGUCAUUCUCUCCAGAGAUGGCAGAAAUUCCCCCAGCUAACCAAAGGUGUUAUUCUCCAAGGUGACUUAUUGGCUGUGGCUGCAAACUCUUCCAGUUAUUUCUCUCUUACAAUUGCUGUCGAUAAAAUGGGAGUAGAGGGAGAUGUGAUCCGUUGCCCUGGCAAAAGUGUUUGAUAGCAGCACAUGUCUCAGAACUGACAUCUCAAGCACAACCUGUGGUGAAGGAGGCAGAGGCAGGAGCUACAGGUAAAGAAGCCGUGAACGUUGCUGCAGCCCAGCAGUGAGGAGAAGACAACUUCCAGUCACCUAGUGGAAGUAACCAGUUCCCUGCUCAUUUCAGGUAGCUUUGACUGUGAUUUAUCAUGAUUUGGUUUCCUGGUCUGGGACUAGGUAGGAGGUGAGAUGGGCUUCUCUCCAUCUCACCUCCCCAGGCCUCUAGCCUUCCGGAACUUAUUUCCCUCAUUUUCUUCUGCCGUCUUCUUGCUAUAUUCUGU